AUGAACUAUGAGCAAGCUCCUCUUAUCUACUACAAUAGUGAACUACAAUGCAACCUCGAAAUUGCUUCAGCUUUCCCAACAGAAAAGGACAACCUGGACACCGAUCAGUUUAUUGAAAGCUUACUUCAAAUGGAAGCUGAUUCCAUGGAUGAAGCCGGUAUUGACAAGAGAUGUGGCAGCCACACAUCAACUAGUCCUGUGAAUCAAGAAAGUGGCAGCUUGGUUACUUCCGUAGAUGAUACUGUGCAUUUUGUCGGCUUUCAGGAGAGCAAUGGUAGGAAUACCUUCACUGAUUUUCUGUUGACAGGAGCCCAGGCUGUUGAAGUAUCAAACUGGCAUCUUGCUUCAAAUAUAAUCGCAGGAAUCAGCGAAUUACUUCUAAGCCAAACUGAAGAGAAUCUGUUCAGUGAUAUGGUUUUUUAUUUCACUCAAGGGCUCUCCUACAAAUGCAGAGAUGUUCCAGCAUUAGCAUUACAUGAGAUUGUUCAUGAACAGAAUGAAACCAUGUCUCACUUCCAGAUGCUCAAAGAGCUCUCCCCAUAUGUGAGGUUUGCACAAUUCACUGCAAACCAAGCGAUCCUUGAGGCAACCAGAGAGGAAAAUGAGGUUCAUAUCCUGGAUCUUGACAUCAUGGAUGGAAUUCAAUGGCCACCACUAAUGGCAGAUCUUGCACAGAGGAAUAAUGUUUCUCUGAGAAUAACUGCAAUUGUUGGCGACCCAGAGAAAGCAGCUCUUGUACAGCAUACGGGCAGAAGACUGGUCGAGUUUGCAGAAUCAGUAGGUCAAACGUUCAGGUUUGACCAAAUGACUAUGGAGAAAGAAGAGGACUUUGACAAGAUUGAAGGAGGCCAUACACUGAUAGCAAACUGCAUGAUCCAUCAGCUUCACAUGACUGACAGGAACCUUUUGGCUGUGAAGAAUUUCUUGAAUGGCGUGAGUAGACUAUCCCCAAAACUGGUGGUUUUGGUUGAAGAAGAACUCUUAAAUUUUGCUAAGGUUUCAUCUGUGUCCUUUGUAGAGUUUUUUCAAGAGGCGAUCCAACAUUACACUGCACUUUCUGAUUCUCUACAAUAUAGCUACGGAAGAGUGGGGUUUGAACUGUUUCAAAAGGAGAGCAUGGGGCUUAGGAUUAUGGAUAGUGUAAGGAGUUUUCCGAUUGGGAGAGAAGAGAAAAUGUCGUGGGAGGAAAGCUUUUCUUUGCUGAAGAAUUUUAAACCAAUCCCCAUGAGUGCCACCAAUGUUUCUCAAGCCAAGCAAUUGUCAGGUCUCCUUGGUAAAGCGUACUGGGUGCAAAAUGAAAAUUCAAGGUUGUCUUUGUGUUGGAAAUCAAGGCCUUUAACAACUGCUUCCUCUUGGAUUCCUAGACAUGCUCUAGGAAGUCGGCAUUGA